GCUCCUCAGUACUAACAUGGACUAAUCUGGAAGCAGCUUCUCCAGUGUCACCAAGGGUGCAGCCACGCCAGGCUCUGCUGAAGUGCCUUUCCUCCAAAUGUACCUUCUCAACUCUUCUUAAAUACUACAGUGCCUGAGAACACUGACACUAUAGAUUUAGUAAGUACAAGGUGGGAUAUUCUACGUUUCAGAGGAUCUACUCUUUUCUAACAAGUUCUAGACUGGAGUCCUGGAUACACGAGACGCCAUGAAGGGAUGUGUGCUGCUAGCGUUUUUGGCUUUGUGUUCUGCCAAACCCUUCUCUCGCCCUUCUUACAAGACUCUGAAGGACAUGAUGUUGAAGGAUAUGGAAGACACAGAUGACAGCGACACUGACAACUCUCUCUUUCCGACAAAAGAGCCAAUCAACCCUUUCUUCCCAUUUGAUCUGUUUCCAAUGUGUCCAUUUGGAUGCCAGUGCUACUCGAGAGUCGUGCACUGCUCUGAUCUAGGCUUGCCCUCCAUUCCAAACAAUAUUCCAUUGGACACUCGAAUGAUUGACCUUCAAAACAACAAAAUUAAGGAAAUCAAAGAAAAUGAUUUUAAAGGACUUACUUCACUUUAUGCUGUGAUUCUGAACAACAACAAGUUAACAAAGAUUCACCCAAAGGCCUUUCUAACGACAAAGAAGCUUCGAAGGCUAUAUUUAUCCCACAAUCAACUAAGUGAAAUACCACUUAAUCUUCCCAAAUCCUUAGCUGAACUCAGAAUUCAUGAUAAUAAAGUUAAGAAAAUACACAAAGAGACAUUUAAGGGAAUGAAUGCUUUACACGUUUUAGAAAUGAGUGCAAAUCCUCUUGAUAAUAAUGGGAUCGAACCAGGGGCAUUUGAAGGCUUGACAGUGUUCCAUAUCAGAAUAGCAGAAGCAAAACUGACUACAGUUCCUAAAGACCUACCAUCGACUUUACUGGAACUUCAUUUAGAUUAUAAUAAAAUAUCAACUGUGGAACUUGAGGAUUUUAAACGAUACAAAGAUCUGCAAAGACUGGGCCUAGGAAACAACAGAAUCACAGAAAUUGAAAAUGGAAGCUUUGCCAAUAUACCCCGUGUGAGAGAAAUACAUCUGGAAAACAAUAAGCUGAAAAAAGUCCCUUCGGGUUUACAGGAGUUGAAAUACCUCCAGAUAAUUUUCCUCCAUUCUAAUUCGAUUUCUAAAGUGGGAGUGAACGACUUCUGCCCAACAGCGCCAAAGCUGAAGAAAUCUUUAUACAGUGCCAUAAGUUUAUCCAACAACCCAAUUAAGUACUGGGAAGUACAACCUGCAACAUUCCGUUGUGUUUUGAGCAGAAUGAGUGUUCAACUCGGGAACUUCAGAAAGUAAUAAGUAGUAAUAACCACUUAAUAUAAAAGUUAAAAAUUAUUACAUUUGACAUACUUGAAUUAUAUUAAUAAUGGUGGUAUUAUAUACUUAAGCAAAAAACUAUUCCCACAUGAUUAAGCCCGCUGACUUACUCUAUGACAAAAAAAUUCAACAGAAUUUUGCAAACAUCUCAGUAUUUGGGAUUAAGAGAAACAAGCAUUUAUUGCAGUUUUCUUUUACAAACAAAUGAUUUUGCAUAAACCUCAUGCUUGAGCAUUCUUUCUCAGUAACCAAAAACGAAGACAUUCAGCAUUUAACUUGAUAACUGUUAUCAAGUUCUUUUUAAAAAGAGCUGUACUGUAAAUGGAAUGCCACACAUAAUAAAAUUUUUGUUCUUCCAUUUGCUGUUAGAAACCCAAAAUUGACGAUUACAAGAAGAGAACAUUAAACUAUUUCUAUGCUUUAAAUUGUAGCUCAUAUGGUACUGUAAUAUUUCUCAUAAUGAUGAAGUAUGGUUGGUAUCUUAUUUACAUCUUCAUGUCCUUGAGUCUUACUGGCUUUAUGUUUGAAACUUCUUAUAAUAGAGUUAGUCUUCGGUAAAUGCUCAUUGCCAACUAAGAAAAAUAUUCAGACAGAUGAUUUUUUUGCUAUAUACAGCACAUGUUGUUUUUUAUGAUGAUAAAACCCUGUAAGGUAUAUGGUGUUUAUAUAAAAUUUGUAACUCAGUGUUUCAUUAUUAUUAUAAGCUCUUAACAGACUUAUCAAAUCUACAUAAAGUUGUCUCCUCAAAUAUGCACAGAAUGUAAGACCCUGAAAAGCACACCUGAUCUAACUGAAUAGACAGAGCUUAAAAAAGAAAAUCCCACAGAAACUAGAAACUAUACAUAUAUAACAGCUAAUUACAUUUUCUGUACUUUCUAUUGGCAUCCAACAUAUGUAAAACUAAAAUAUGAGGACUAUUAAAAUACUGGUUUGAAAUAAA